AUGGCGCCAAAGAAAAACAUCCUCCUCGUCAUUGCAGACGACAUGGGCAAGUCCCUCGGCUGCUACGGCGACUCUACAAUAUCAACGCCCAGCAUCGACCGCUUCACCGCUCAGGGCACGCUCUUUGACAAUGCCUUUGCCAGCACGGCAUCGUGCAGCGGCAGCCGAUCGGUCAUUUACACUGGCCUUCAUACGCAUCAAAACGGGCAGUACGGACUGCAGCAUACCAAUCACCAUUUCAUGACGUUUGAUCACAUUGAUACUGCGCCUAAACUGUUCCGCGAUCUUGGGUAUCUGACCGGUAUUAUUGGGAAGAUACACGUUGGGCCAGAGCAUGUGUAUCCGUGGGAAGUGCGAAAAGAAAGCCCAACGCGGGAUGUGUCUUGGGUGGCCAAACAGGCUGAUUUGUUCUUUCAGUCGGCAAAGGAUGAUGAGCGACCAUUCUUCCUAACGGUGGGCUUCAUGGAUCCUCAUCGGGAUUCCACUCGUGGGGGAUUCGGCAACGGUGAUGAGAGCGUGUCGGGUCCCGAUCCUGUGUAUGACCCUGCAAGAAUCACUGUUCCUGAAUUUCUCAACGACAUCCCCGAAGUUCGCCAGGAAGUCGCAGAGUACUAUCGCUCCGUUGGAAGAGUUGAUCGGGGAUUUGGCCGCAUCAUGGAUGCCUUGGAGAAGGCUGGAUUUGGCGAUGACACCCUCGUUCUCUUGACGAGCGACAACGGACCGCCAUUUCUCAAUUCCAAGACAACACUCUACGACGCGGGUGUGAGAUUACCAUUCAUCAUAAGACACCCUCAGGGGAAAUCAGGGCUGAAGAACCCAAAUUUCAUUUCUUUUAUCGACAUCUUGCCCACAUUUCUCGACUGGGCAGGAUACGAUAGCCCAACACCGUCUUCAUCGACCUCUCCCCCUCGGCUAGGCCGCUCCAUUUUACCAAUUCUUGAUACUCCAAAGACACAUAAUGACUGGACAAGAGUAGUUGGAUCCCAUACUUUUCACGAAGUCACAAACUACUACCCGACACGAUUCCUGCGCACAUCGCGCUACAAAUACCACCGCAACAUAGCCUGGAAGCUUGACUUUCCCUUUUCGACAGAUCUCUACGCCUCUCUCUCAUGGGAAGGCAUUCGCAACUCUCAAUUUCCGGUCAAAGUUGGAGAGCGCUCUUUGGAGUCAUACAUCCGCCGACCUCCGGAGGAGCUGUAUGAUAUGGAUCAAGACCCUAGAGAAGUAGUGAAUCUGGCGGAUCGUCCAGAGUAUAAAGAACUUUUGCUGGGGUUUCGGGAGGAACUCGAGGAUUGGCAAAGAUUGACGAAGGAUCCAUGGUUGGUACGAGAUGGCGUUUCGUUGUCAGAGAUGCAAGGGCAUAUUGAUGCCGGAUUGAAGAUUCCAGAUCGGUUCGACUUUGAACUUGCGGCACCAGGCAACAAGUGA